AUGACCACGACAAAUGCCGACAAUCUUGUGAAGGGGCCUUCUUUUCUACAACUAAUGAACGGGAACGGACCAUUGACGCAAAUAUGGCUUGCGUCCAACAUGGCGCAUACGUUACCAAAAUCAGUUUCACAAAAUACAGACAUCGUGGCUUCGGUGAGAGAGAUUGCCAAAGUUGCCGGGUGCACAUCAGACAAUGCUAAUAUAGAGCCCGUCACGUUGCGAGCUUCCGGAGAGUUGCUACAUGGAGUGGUUCGUGUGUACUCCAAGCAGACCUCAUUGCUACUGAACGAUAUCAAAGAUACGCUCGCAAGAAUAUCGUCUUUGUUUCGCAGCAAUCAGGUACCCAUAACUUUACAAGCCGAGAGAACAGCGGUAGCUCAUCUGAGUCAGAUUCUUUUACAAGAUGCCGUGACUGAACAGGACGUUUUACUGGUGCCGGAAUUGGACUUCCUUAACAGUCAAGUCCUUCCAGAGGGAUUAACAACGAUAAGAGGGAACCCCACGGAAAGACAUGUCCGUGGCGCGGCUUUCCACGAUUCUUCUAUUGAAGUUGGAAGAAAUUUGGCAGUACCAAAAGAUUUAGCAUACGAAGACCAAUCUGGCUCCCUGGAUUUGGAUUUUGAUAUCAAUUUGCAAGACUCAAAGAGCUGGGGUGAGGGUACCAAUACUUCAUCCACCAAGCCUCUCGCUCACAAUACCACAUCUAUUGCCGAAGAGGACUUGGCAUUACCUCCAGGUAACGACGUGGAUUGGGAUUUGAACAUAGAUGAGAGCGACUCGGAUAAAGAGUCCGGGAGAUCGGUUGAAUUAGGACGGCGUGCCGUUGAAGAGGCCACUUACGAAGAUCAUCCGGAUUUGAAUUUCGAUUUGGGGCUCGAAAAAGAGGAUCUUACCCAGGAAGUCUCUGAGCUUGAAGAUGAUUCUCCUGUCAGCGAAACCCCAGAAUCUCAGCAACAGUUGUCCAAAAUUUCAGGAGGCGAAAGGGCUUCGAUUCUCUCGAAAACCAAGAAACUUCUGACCGAUGACGCAACAGAAAUUAGAGAUGAAAUAGUAAAGGCAACGGCUUCGCCUCAGCACGGACAGAUCCCAGAAUCUCGUGGAUCUCAAAGACCACAGCAAGACAAAAAAAGAAUCUGGACCCAAGUGUCGGAAAUGAUGGAGUUUUUGCCUGGUGUAAUUGUGAACAACUUCCUACCGUACCAGGAUUUUAAGAGACAGAAAUUAGGUCUAGAAACUUCCUCUUCUCUCCAAGAAAAUGAAAAUGAGGGGAGCCCAUCUUUAGAGCUUUCUCUGGGACCUGGUCAAGAUUUGGUAUCAAGUUUUAUAGACGAAGACUUGGAUGACAAUGAUCAAAACAUAUCUCUUAACUUCGAAGAUACAGCUGGCAACCUCGCGAACGGAACAAGCGCUUUAACGGAUCUUCAUGAACAUUCACUUGUCGAAAGUAUACAUUCAAUGGACUCUCAAUCUGCUAUGCACGGAAUUCGCCUCGUCGCAGGCGGCUUUGCAUCAGAGGAGGCGGUAAUGAUGGCCCAAUUUUGCCGCGACCAGUUUGAUAAAAAUUCAAACACUACAAUAGAUCUCGAGACUCUGACGAAAAACAAAAUAUACAAGGAAACUACAUCGAAAUCGAUAACAAAAGCACAGGCAAGCAACGCUUUUUUCGAAAUGCUUUUUCUCGCAAGUGAGGGUUGCUUGAACUUAGCGCAAGAAGAACCAUUUUCCCAAAUCGAAAUAAAAUCCAAACCAGCUCUCUACGAGAAAUUCAUCGCAGCGUGA